AUGACAUCACCCAGCCACUACUCCUCUGCUCCAGUCUCCAAAUUCCUCCUCAUUUGCUUCCCUAACUACCAGAGCUGGCAGCACUGGCUGGCCUUACCCUUCAGCUUCCUCUUCCUCCUGGCCAUGGGGGCCAACACCACCCUCCUGAUCACCAUCCGGCUGGAGGCCUCUCUGCACGAGCCCAUGUGCUACCUGCUCAGCCUCCUCUCCCUGCUGGACGUGGUGCUCUGCCUCACCGUCAUCCCCAAGGUCCUGGCCAUCUUCUGGUUUGACCUUAGGUCCAUCAGCUUCUCUGCCUGCUUCCUCCAGAUGUUCAUCAUGAGCAGCUUCCUCCCCAUGGAGUCCUGCACAUUCAUGGGCAUGGCCUAUGACCGCUAUGUGGCCAUCUGCCACCCACUACGGUACCCAUCCAUCACCUCUGGCCAAUUUGUGGCCAAGGCUAGUGCUUUCAUCAUAGCUCGGAAUGCUUUGCUGCUUUCACCUGUUCCUCUUCUCUCUGCCCGGCUCUGCUAUUGUGGGAAAAAUGUCAUUGAGAACUGCAUCUGUGCCAACCUGUCUGUGUCCAGACUCUCCUGUGACAGUAUCACCAUGAACAGAAUCUAUCAGCUUGUGGCUGGUUGGACUUUACUAGGCUCAGAUUUCAUCCUCAUCUUCAUCUUAAGAGCUGUGUUCAAGCUCAAGACCGAGGGGGCUGCUGUCAAGGCUCUGAGCACGUGUGGCUCCCACUUCAUCCUCAUUCUCGUCUUCAGCACCAUCCUUCUGGUUGUGGUGUUGACAAAUGUGGCCAGAAAGAAGGUCCCCAUGGACAUCCUCAUCCUGCUCAAUAUCCUUCAUCACCUCAUACCCCCUGCCUUGAACCCUAUUGUAGAUGGGUUUCAAACCAAAGAGUUAAAGCAGGGGUUUCAGAAGUUGUUGCAGAGGGGAUUUUAA